AUGAAUUUCAACAAAGUUCCAAAGGUGCCAGGCGCUGGUGCGAUAUCGGCGUUGCUUAAGGUCGGGAUUAUCGGUGGACUAGGUCUCUACGGUGCCACUCACAGUUUCUACAAUGUCGACGGAGGUCACCGAGCCAUCAUGUUCAACCGUUUAGUCGGUAUCAAAGAUAAGGUUUACCCUGAGGGCACACACCUUAUGCUUCCUUGGUUCGAGAGGCCCGUCAUCUACGAUGUUCGUGCACGACCUUACCUUGUUGAGAGCACAUCUGGAAGCCGUGAUCUCCAGAUGGUGAAAAUUGGGCUAAGGGUUCUCACGCGUCCCAUGGCAGACCAGUUGCCUGAGAUCUACAGAACCCUUGGUGAGAACUACAGCGAGAGAGUUCUGCCUUCUAUCAUCCACGAGACUUUGAAAGCUGUGGUUGCUCAGUACAACGCAAGCCAGCUUAUUACUCAGAGAGAGGCGGUCAGUAGGGAGAUCAGAAAGAUUCUGACUCAACGAGCGACGAACUUCAACAUUGCGCUUGACGAUGUGUCAAUCACGACCUUGACGUUCGGAAGAGAGUUCACGGCUGCCAUUGAAUCCAAGCAGGUGGCGGCUCAAGAGGCUGAGCGGGCCAAGUUCAUUGUUGAGAAGGCCGAACAAGACAAGAGAAGUGCAGUUAUCCGCGCUCAGGGAGAAGCCAAGAGUGCUCAGCUCAUAGGUGAAGCCAUUGCAAACAACCAAGCUUUCAUUACGCUCAGGAAGAUCGAGGCGGCAAGAGAGAUUGCGCAGACCAUAGCGCACUCCGCGAACAAGGUGUACUUGAGCUCAGACGACCUGUUGCUUAACCUCCAGGAGAUGAAUUUGGAUGUGAAUGCAAAGAAGUAG